AUGCUGCUCAAUCCGACGAGUUCUGCUCCGGAGCCUUUGCACACGACGACGAAAUUCAACGUGUACACAGGAGAUGAGCAGCCUUCGAAGUCCGGCCCACCGAAACCAGCGGUGAAAGACACACCCAACGAGGAGCAGGCGACGUUGACGGUACCAGCUGUGAAGCUGGAAUAUGAUGAAAUUUCAAGUGCCAUGGCCGCUCGUCUGGCAACGUCGGUGCUCUGUCAUGUGCUCUUCCUCAAGAGCCAGAUCCCAUUCCCCAUUGUACAGCUGUCGCGCAUGCCGAGCAGUCAAGCAGGCACUCGCGCAGGCAAGAAACGGGAAGAACUAAUCAACGCUGUGGACACGCUAUCCAGCCAUCUGCAGACGACCUUCAUCACGCUCUCAGCCGCUCUCGCACAGCGGCAGAAGAGGCUGCGAUAUCAAGAUUUUGCGGGAAAGGAUCCUAGUGCCGGUCGCGUCUGUGUGGCUUACGUUCUCGGGCCAAGUGUCGGAGCGGCUAAAGCUCGCGUGCUGUUCAUUGUGGACGGGCUUGAGAGGAAGCAGCCGGUUACACACAUGGUACAAAACUCUGUAGCGGAGACUGAAGAUAAACAAGCUGAAGCGGCACAGUUUGCUGGUGAGUGUCAACCUAGAUAUUUCACAGCCGACGAUAGCAAUAGCGGGAGCGGGAGCGACACAGAAGACUCCGCUUCCGAGGCCUGUGACGAAGAAUAUGAAGAUACCGCAACACCCCCACCUCCUUCCCGUUCGCCGUCGCCCUCUCCGUCACCAAAUCGCUCGCCAGACGCGCAUCUCAAGACACCGCCGCCGGCAGAAGAGCCCUCGCCGCCGAUUAAGCCGUUCAUAGACGAAGACACGUGUGCAUCACCGCAAACCUCGAGCAAGUCCACGCUAGAGAACGGCUCACCCCUGACGCUCAUGCGACCGCUGAGUUCAAGCUCUCCACUAGCCGAGAAGCGAACAGCUCUUCCCUCCAGCCACACGCUCUCCGAGAACAUGUCUCCCCUGUCCUCUCGUCAAUCAAAACCAAGCUCACCUCUCACCCCAAAGACAGUUGCAAGGGAAGCGGCCGGACCGUCGACUCUCGCCCUCUCAGAAAACACUCCUCCGCUAGCGCGCCGCGCACUUGGACAGCGCACCUUCGGUACGCCGCUCUCCCUAAGCCCAGCCGCGCCAAGGUCGCGGCCAGCUCUCGCAGCGGUGCCCGCGAAGAGCAUGGACGAGGAACAACAGGCUCUGCGCGCGGCAGAUCGGCUGCUCUCGCGCACGCUCGCCGAUGCGUGCGCCGAGGCGGACGGCGGGCUAUCGGCCGAGCUCGCGCCGACACAGAUGCACGUGCUGCUCCGCGCCCCGCGCGGCUUCAUGCAUCCCGCAUGGGUCCCGCGACAGAACCUGACGCGCACGCUCGACACGCAGCUUGACGCGUUCCUCGAGGAUGUCGUUGUGCCCCCUUCCGAUGCCGCCGAAGACCCAGCUGUGGUUGUAUCUCGAACACCACCGAAGCCAAAGAAAUAUAUACGGACAGGCGUGAAGACCGAGGGUGUGUGGGUAUGCCCCAAAGAUGGGCCGCGGCUUGCCAGGAGCAACCCAAACGAGCCGGUUGCCGGAGAGAGCGCAGAAGUGUGCGAGGAGGAGGAGAUGAUCUGGUGGGCGUGGGACGGGAAGAUUGCUGGCUUCUCAGAGUGGUAGCUCGGUAAUAGCCCCCAACUCGAUCCGGACAGACUCUGGCAUCACACAUCAUUGCAUAGACGUUGCGCAUCUCUAUCACGGACGUUCUUCUGCAUGUAUUAUCAUAUCACUUACCUCAUGUUGUGCCUGUACGACAUGCGUGCUACGGAACCUUCGCUAAUGCAAUGCGAUGCAUUGUAUACGCGUCGCUCUUUGAUGUAUAGUAUUAUCCUCCAGGCACUUGGCCCCCCGAGUUUGU